AUGCGAUCGGGCGGAAACACCACAGCCGUGCAGCCAACGGACUCUGACGGUCUCAGACAGACUCAGGUCAGGACUCAGACAGACUCAGGUCAGGACUCAGACAGACUCAGGUCAGGACUCAGACAGACUCAGGUCAGGACUCAGACGGACUCAGGUCAGGACUCAGGUCAGGACUCAGGUCAGGACUCAGGUCAGGACUCAGGUCAGGACUCAGACAGACUCAGGUCAGGACUCAGACGGACUCAGGUCAGGACUCAGACGGACUCAGGUCAGGACUCAGACGGACUCAGGUCAGGACUCAGGUCAGGACUCAGACGGACUCAGUCAGAGCAGAUCCAGAUUGGGGACCACAGGGACCACUUCAGUACAGGGACUCCUUCAGCACAGGGACCCCUUCAGCACAGGGACCACUUCAGCACAGGGACCCCUUCAGCACAGGGACCACUUCAGCACAGGGACCCCUUCAGCACAGGGACCACUUCAGCACAGGGACCCCUUCAGCACAGACCCGAAUGA